CAAUCUUUCGUCUUCUCCGCACCACAAUUACUGGACAGUCAUGCGCCGCCCACGCGCUGGACUGGUCAAGGACCUGGCUGCCUAUCCCUCACGAUGUGCCGCUCUCAGCGGUUCUCGUGCCGCUGCCAUUGGUCGUCGAGGGGUGCACAUUGAAGCUACCCCAGCAUCAGCUUCAUCGAGCAUCAACAACGGUCUUGAAGGCGCAGACACGCCAGAUGCAAGAUUUGAAGUCCUCGGGUCGCCGUCCUCCCUUCUGUCCGUGUCCCUCUCCGCAUCACAGAACCUGUAUACCCGACGCGGAACCCUCGUCGCAUUGAGCGGAAAGGCUGAGAAUGCCACAUCUAAGCUUUCCAUCCUGGAGCCAUUUCGACGAUCGGCUCUCGGCAUACCAUUUUUAUACCAAAAAGUCUCCUCUACUAGCCCCGUGACUGCGCUGGUCGCAUCCAACUCUCCCACCACGUCGUUUGCAGUAGUCCACCUCAAUGGCACGUUAGACUGGAUGGUUGCGCAGCGACACGGUCUGCUGGCAUGGACAGGACACUCAUUAUAUGUGUCACCGACCGUCAACGCGAGAAUGAGCCUCUCACACUGGGGCAACACCCAGGUCACUGGGCGAGGACUGCUCGCCCUGGCCGGCAAGGGUCAACUCUACCAAGUUACUCUCCAGCCAGGCGAGGAAUACAUUGUUCAUCCUAGCAACGUCCUCGCAUAUACCAUGACACAGAACAAGCCGCUCCCAUACCGCCUCAAGUCUUCCUCGCUUCGACUCCAAGUCCCCAGCCUGGGCCGUCUCGCGCAAUACUUUCCGCAAUCGCAGUUCCUUCAAACGAUCCGGGAGUCAGCCGUGUGGAAGUUUUUGGCCCAGUCCAUGUACUUUUUGCGAACAUGGUCCCGCCGCACCGUUUGGGGUGACAGACUAUUCCUCCACUUCCGCGGCCCCACCACGAUCCUCUUACAGUCCCGCUCCUCGGCUCCUCUCCGCGACAUGCUCUCCCGCGAGGACGUGACAGAAGUCGCGCAAAAGCCCGCCGGCAGUCUCGCCGCAGCAACAUAUAUCGCUCCCCUUGACGCCGUCAGAAAAGAAGGCGGCCACGGCUCUUCUACAACACCGUCCACCUCCUCCCCUUCGUCUUCUUCUCCAUCCACCUCUCCAUCAUCCACCUCCCCAUCCUCGUCAGCAUCGGCAUCAGCAUCAAAGGUAGCAGACGCUGCCAAGGAAUCUGCCGCAAAGACUGCAACCCACGCCAAAGACACAGUCAAUCAAGUCAAGGAGACUGUCAAGUCAUGAGAUUAAGACGAUAGAUUACCUCCCUUUUUCUAUUUCUUUUCCUGUUUCCUCUUAUCUCUCACUUUUCCAUUUCCCUCUUUCCUUUUUCCUUUUCCCUCUUCUUCCCUUUUUUCCCUCCAUUCUGCUCAUUUCCUUUGUCUUUCCAUUUUUUCCCCUUCAUCUUCUUCGUCCUUUUUACAUGGCAAUAGCACUCGUCGGAUCCGCCGUGCAUUCUUACCCCCUUUGAACCUCUGAGCGCAAUAUAUAUAGCAAGAGAUAAAAUCAAAGACUACUUCUUACCACUUCAAUUUUCGUUUUUUAUUUCCCGCCUUUUUCCUUUUUUGUCCCUUGUUUUCACCCUCUCCCCCUUUCCUCUUUGCUCUUUUGCAGCAACAACCACGACCACAGCCACAGCCACAC